AUGGAGCCUCAACAACCAAAGUGCCCUUCUAUCGACAAUGCUGCCCAAGCCAGCGGUGCUCCUAAUCCGUAUAUGGGUCAAUCCCCUGAUGAUCUGGAAACAAUCUCCGCUGCCUAUCAGGUUCUGUUUUAUGUUAAACGCUCUGCCUCGUUCCAACAGCUCCUAGACUCUCUCCCACCAGAUACCCCCGGUUUCCUUAUGAAACCACUCAUCUGCUCCUUUCUUGCCUAUCUCACGCAAUCGCAGUUGGAUACAUCCCUUGGGCACGUGAACACUCGGAUUUUUGAAACUGUGGACAGGGUAUUCCAUAACUCUAAAGUCCCUCCGAGAUGGCUGGCCAACUACCUCAGCUCCCGCGGUCACACUCCACAAGGCCUAGAUGGCCAGGAUUGCCUGCGGUGGGACGUAAUUGGUAUCAUAUAUUCUACCGUCGCUCUGUCCCUAACUAUAAGACAUGACCUAUCUGAUUUCGAUAGUGACGCAUCGCAGCCAGGUUCUUGGGCAAGGGAGACGAUCCUAAAAGACCUGACUCAUGCCGUCAACACAUGUAUAAGGUUUCAGGAAAUGACCGGCACCAAAACUGAACUAUACUUAUGGCUUCUAAUCCAAGACCUCAUGUUGUUGAUUCGAAUCUACGGCGGCCAAAGUGAGUCGAUGUGUUUGGCGGAGGUUAGGGGAUAUUGGAAACGUACUAUUUACUAUUGGGCUGCACAAACCAUCUUCAAGGAACCAGGUCAUUACAGCGAUGCAUAUCCGCCAACAGUUGUUCUUGACAGCAUAUACUCUGGACAAGGCUAUAACAACACUAAUGAAUCAACCACCACGAAUCCCAAGGCAGUACUGCUGGGUCACUCACUGUCUUCCCCAGCAUCACUUGUUGAAAAAGCCAGUUUUGUCAUGAGCGUAGUACGCGAAGACGCUCAGGUUGCGAGGUCGACAUUACAUGGCAGCCAAGAAGGCUCCGCACCUGAAAAUAUGAACCGACUGCUAGAGGGCGUGUGGCAAUGGUUGAAAGUUUCUAGCGGUGUACAGCCGGAGAGUUGGCAAAUGGAGAGCUUGCCUAAUCAAGGCUAUGGCCUAUUAAUAGCCUAUUUGGAAUACUUAUACACAAAAGUAUACAUCUGGCAGCAUCUGCUGUACGAACAGGUCUACACUCUCGGGGAGAUGUGUCGAAAGACACUCGAGACGAUGAUAUGUGGAGCGCAGUCUUUGGGUAGGCUAGAAGAGUAUCGUUCCGAUUACGCAUGGAGAGUGAGUUACUGA